UCUGAGUGCGGUCUGAGGCCACAUAGCAGCUGCUCCCUUUACGCAGUGACUCGGAGGCGAAGCGGCAGCAUGGCCGCUCACUAUCAACGCUCUCAAGUCUUCAAGGGACGAACAGACGAAUUUCUUUGACUUUCUUUCUGUUUAGCGCAUUAAGACAAAGCUUCGGGAGACUAUUUUUACUGUCGGCGAGAGGCUUCGACUUGGUGUGUGGUCGCCGUUAUCGGGGGUAGCAACACUUCUCUAGCCUGGUUCGCCUGUCGAACAUUUCGUGCGUGCAUCGACGCUAAGCUAGCUCAGCUGCUAGCUUGGCCGGUUGGUUUUGUACGGAGCUGGUGCGGAGGUGAUGUUGUCGGUGUUGUCUUACGGUAGACUUGUUGCCAGAGCUGUCAUUGGCGGACUUUCCCAGACAGACAGCCGCGACUACAGCCUGGUGACAGCGAGCUGCGGCUUCGGCAAAGAUUUCCGUAGAGGCAUCCUGAAGAAAGGGAUGUGUUAUGGGGACGACGCGUGCUUCAUCGCCCGGCACAGGUCCGCCGAUGUUUUGGGUGUUGCGGAUGGAGUUGGUGGCUGGAGGGAUUAUGGGGUGGACCCAUCGCAGUUUUCUGGUACGCUGAUGAAGACGUGCGAGAGGCUGGUAAAGGAAGGGCGCUUUGUCCCCAGCAACCCAGUGGGAGUCCUGACGACCAGCUACUAUGAGCUACUACAGAACAAAGUGCCUCUAUUGGGUAGCAGCACAGCCUGCAUUGUGGUGUUGGACAGGCAGAGUCACCAGCUGCACACAGCCAACCUGGGAGACUCAGGUUUCCUCGUUGUCCGAGGUGGGGAGGUGAUCCACCGUUCAGACGAACAGCAGCACUACUUCAACACACCCUUCCAGCUGUCUAUCGCUCCCCCAGGGGCCGAAGGAGCUGUGCUCAGUGACAGUCCAGAAUCUGCAGACAGCUCCUCAUUUGACGUGCAGCUAGGUGACAUAAUCCUCACCGCAACCGACGGCCUGUUCGACAACAUGCCUGAUUAUAUGAUCCUCCAAGAGCUGAAAAAACUGAAGAACUCAAACUAUGAAAGCAUUCAGCAGACUGCCCGCAGCAUUGCAGAACAAGCUCAUGUACUGGCGUAUGACCCCAACUACAUGUCACCUUUUGCACAGUUUGCAUGUGACAAUGGACUGAAUGUCAGAGGAGGAAAGCCAGACGACAUCACAGUACUGUUGUCCAUCGUUGCAGAAUACACAGACUAGAAUCUGUGGGCUGGGAUGUUGGUAAUUGGCCUCUGGAGGUGAUGAACUGCUUCUAUUCCUGCUGGCCGGGAUGUAGGUUUGACAUCUGAGGCUUCCUCCACAUCUACUGAAAAACAGACAGUGAGAGGUCAAAUUAUGCAAACAAGAGGCCUAAAACAUACUUUUGGACUGUUGGCAUCUUUGUAGUUUUCCACUGCUCACCUGCUAAUCCCAUUGCCAAGGAUCAGCAGUCAUUGGGCUGGUUGGAGAUGAAGCAUCCUGUUUGAGGUUAAGUCACCUCUUUCCUGAUGGGUGGUUGGGGUGGAGAGAAAGUUGAGGCUUGAGUGUAUGCGGACAGGGAUAUCAAAAUGGCAGCAACCCGGGUCACCAUAAGGUAAUUUAAAAGCGCUUGGGAGUAUCAAAGGGAAUAGCAGCAUUAGGGCUAAAUAACAAAGCUGCAUUUAGCAAGUUUAUCUUCUGGGAGAUGAUGUAGACGUCUCAAGACCUUCAUCGUAAGCUCUGGAACAUUUUAUAGGCGCAUGGAGCAAAUGUUCGAUGAGAUGUGGCUCGGCGGUGUGUUCAGAGAGUCUGGCAAAAAACAGCUUAUGACAUUGACAGAUGUGUGGGUAGGCUGAUCUGUUAAGAUUUUAUACUGAAGAGUGACAGCUGCCUUUUUCUUACCAGUGCAAUUUUCAUACUGAGUGGGAGGGGUAUUUAUAAUUUAAUGACUCGAGAUAUAUGUGACAUAUUUGUCAAACCAAUGUCCUCCCUUUAAUCUUGCAGCCGUUGCUGGUGAAGUCUUGAUAGUCAUUUUUGUCUGAUGUAUGUAUGGAUAUGAGUGACGAAUGACUGGUGUUGUUAGGUUGGAUGUCAAGUCUCCAGACUCCUCCAUAUCCACUGGACUUGGUCAGUCUGGCAGCCUUAAACGCACAAAGCUUAAGGAGCACAGCUGAAAAAGCUCAAGUCGGUCAAGUGACCAAACGUAUUUUUGUAACUUUUGUUGCUUCAGGGUAGCUCAAGUUGUUCAGUUUCCUUUUCUCUCCCGUCUGCUGUAGAGUUCAAGGUAGGUAGGUUUUAAUAGUUAUAGUCGUCUUUGUUCCUUUAAACCACCACAGAUUUGCACUAGGCGUGUUCCGCAACUUUUACCUUCACUCAGCAAGAUGUCACUGUAAGGUUCAUAUGUUGUGUAUUUGUAUUAUGAUGUGCCUUGUAUCAGGAGCUGUUGAUACUGGCAAACCCCAACCCAUCUGCAUGCUGUACUGAGCUGAGAACCCUGAAACUGUAACGUAACCACGAAGCUGAAACAGCCCUGCAGCCUAAAGUCAAGAGAUUUUCAUUUCUUUUGUUUUGUUCUUAAAAUCUACCACUGUGUGUUAGGUCAAGAUCUUUGACUAGUGAUGAAGACAUACCUAGGUCAGAAAAUCUUUCCUGUGGAUUUCUUUUUGUCAUUGUUUACAAUCUGCACUAAUAGAAUCAAAUUCAGCAUUGUUGCCCUGAUGAUAAAUUUCGGUUCACAAUAAGAGCUGCAGAACCAGGUAUCAUUUUAAGACGACGACUGGUUGGAUCGGAUUCUGGCAGAGGAUUUAGCAGAAAAUAUAAAUGGUGUUCUUAUCCCAAGGACAAUCUGUUAUCCCCGUCACUUGGUUCCCAUCUCAUGACUCACAUUUGCACCAAGGCUCUUCCUGUUUCUCUCUAAACGCACUUGGUCAACCACAGCAUGUAUAUACAGUGUACAGUUAAAUGCAGAGAUAAAUUCUGCGGAAAAAAAUGAAAUCUGUAUGAUAUUUAAAUAAAGAUAAUAGUAUUUAUUUAAAA